AUGGUUAGAGCAGCCCUACUUCAUGGUGUACAUGAGAGAAAGGUGUGCUGGAGUCUGACUGCAGACCUGCUGUCCGACACAGAUUCAAGGAAACCUGAAGGAUGGAAUAAAAAAUGCAGGAUGCUCUCUAGGAACAUCAAGAUAUACAGACAGUGAUGCACGGAUGAUUUAUUUUUAUCUCAUGUUGGCAAACACCCAUCAUGCUUUCAGCAAAUCAUGCAUCAUUUCUAGCACUGUGAUAUGUGGACGUCAUGUAAAAUACUAAGGCGGUCAUUUUUCUUUUUUUUAUGGAGACGGAGUAGGACGAAUAAAAUCAAAAGGAAGUAAAAUUCUGACAGCUAAUCAAUAUAAAGUCGGUAAAGCGAAGCAGAUUCACAAAUCCUGUCAGCUUGUUCUUACCCUCUAAAAUAUUCAAACAUUUCAUUUAUUAUUUCGGUGUCUAUCAAUUUUAAGACAUAUCAGGUUGGUUGCCCAGAAAAAAAAACUCUUGUUAACACACACAGUGUUAACAAAAUGCAGCAAACUGUCUUUUUUUUUUAAAAAAAGAUGAUCAUAAACAUGGGAUUUUCUUUUUAUCUUAAUCAACCUAUUGUAUGAAUAUAGAUGAAAGCUAUUCAACAUCCACUGUUAUUUUUAGGCUUCGACACUUUGUGUAAUUUCUUUAUCACAGUUAUUCCUACUUUGAUCAAUACCAGCACCCUCCGCCUCUCGGUUUCAACGGAGGUCUACUUCAUCACCGGAGGAAAACAAUUUCAUCCACUGGCUCCACCUCAUUCUCCAUUUGACUGGGGAGAGGGAGUGUGCACAGGGGGAGAAAGAAGCUCUUUUUUCCUUUCAGCAGGCAGCAAAUCAACAGCCUAAAAAGGCAAUCUUCUAAAUCUGUGCAAAAAAAAAAAAAAAAAGGCAGAAGAAGGCUGCUAGAAGACAGAGACCUCCGACAUCUGUAGCCAUCGUCAGGCGCUGGAGAGGAAGAUUGAGGAGUGAAAGAUCUGAGAAGCCCCCUCCGGAUUUUACAAGUGAUCACAUCUGGGAAUGACGCCGUCCUUUACAUCGGCAAUUAUCCCACCCAUUCAUGUGUUGAUGGGAGACUUAGGACAGGUGUUUUGGAUGUUUUCAUCCUUGGAGUGAUUCGUCCCUUCUGGUGACAAAGGAACCAUCACUUAAGUCAAAUUCAUUUUUUGCCUUUAAUGCCAGUGAAACUGCGACUUUAAAUGGACUCCAGAAGCCUUUCCUGGGAUUUUUGAAAUCUGGACAUGGUUUGGAAGUCUGUGUGAGUAAAUUGACAUCUAUUCUGGGCUACAAAGAAACUGCUCUUCAGUUAAACUCUUGCAUUGGCUUGCAAAUAUGGUCAAAGCACCUUCAUCUGAAUCAAUUGCCCCGGGGCCAAGCAAGUCAAACGAUCCCCAAGAGAGCACUCCGAGCUCGCUUCAAAACACCCUGAAAGAAACCACCGUGGAGUUCAUCAGGAGGACCAAAGUCCAUGGCCUGAAGUUCAUUUUCUCUCCGAAUAAAUCCAAAUUUCAACAGAUCAUUUGGAUUCUAGCCUUCCUCCUUUGUAUCAGCCUUUUCUGUACUUGGUCUUGGAAUCGCAUCUUCUACCUGAUGUCCUACCCAGUCGUUACCAAAAUCUACAUGGUCUGGGCUCACAACAUGUCCUUUCCCGCUGUGACUCUGUGCAAUAAAAAUGUGUUCCGUGUUUCCGCCCUGACGAAGGAUGACCUGUACCACAGCGGCUACUGGAUGGACCUCAUGAAUCCCAACCACACUCUCAUCAACAGGAGUCUGUCCAUCCUUAAAGAGAGCCACAGGCCGGGUCUCCUGCGUCUGCUGGACUUCCGUAACUACGCCCCGCCCCCAGAUUACAGUGUCAACACCACUGAGAUGAUGAGUCGGCUUGGACACCAGCUGGAGGACAUGCUGCUGGAGUGCAAGUUUCGCGGGGAAACCUGCACCUUCAGAAAUUUCAGCACAAUCUAUACUCGUUAUGGGAAAUGUUACACCUUCAACUCGGGAUUGGACGGCAACCCUUUGCUGACGACACUGAAAGGCGGCACAGGGAACGGCUUGGAAAUCAUGCUGGACAUUCAGCAGGAUGAGUACCUGCCUGUGUGGGGAGAGACAGAUGAGACAUCCUAUGAGGCUGGCAUAAAGGUACAGAUUCACUCUCAGUCAGAGCCGCCUUUCCUCCAUGAGCUGGGCUUUGGGGUCACCCCCGGCUUCCAAACCUUUGUUUCCACCCAAGAGCAGAGGCUUCAGUACCUCCCGCCGCCCUGGGGAGACUGUAAGUCCACCCCGAUAGACUCUGAAUUCUUCUCCACAUACAGCAUCACUGCAUGCCGCAUUGACUGUGAAACCCGGUACCUGCUGGAGAACUGCAACUGCAGGAUGGUUCACAUGCCAGGAACUUCAACAGUUUGCACACCUGACCAGUACAAAGACUGUGCUGACCCAGCCUUAGACUUUUUGGUAGAGAAAGACAACAAUUACUGUGUCUGUGAGACACCCUGCAACAUGACUCGCUAUGGCAAGGAACUGUCCAUGGUUAAGAUUCCCAGUAAGGCAUCUGCUAAAUAUCUGGCUAAGAAAUUCAACAAAACUGAGCAGUAUAUUGGAGAUAAUAUUUUGGUGUUGGACAUCUUCUUUGAGGCUCUGAAUUAUGAGAAAAUUGAACAGAAGAAGGCCUAUGAAAUCGCAGGGCUCCUUGGUGACAUUGGUGGUCAGAUGGGGCUAUUCAUUGGAGCCAGUGUUCUAACAAUACUGGAAAUAUUUGACUACUUAUAUGAGGUGUUUAAGGAUAAGGUUCUGGGUUACUUCCUGCGCAAGAAACGGCCGCAGCGUUGUCCGAGUGACAAUCUGGAUUUUCAAGAGAACCCAACCAGCCCUGGUGUCACGACUAAUCAUGCCCCCAGAGCACCUGUGACACACUCCGGAGUCACUCGGACAGCCUCGGAUUCACGCCGAACAUGUUACCUCGUCACCCGACUUUAGGCAACUUUGAGGAGUUUGCCUGUUGACAACGCAAAGUAAGGGUGUUGGGGCACAUCUGGAGACUAGACAGCAAACUGUGAAACAACGUGCAUUUAGCAAAAAUAGGUUGAGUUUAUGUUGACACAGGUAGUUGAAAAAAAAAAAUGAUGAUGAUACCACUUCCAAAACACAACUCAGGUUUGUCUGCCGUGUUAAGACGUCUGUUUUUGUUUUUCUCUUUCUCUUUGUUUUCCAGUCACUUUGGAUCAUUUACAAAGACUCGGUUUGUCAUAAAAAGGAAUUCUGACUUAUUUUAAGAUUCUUAAAAAAAAUAAUAAAAUAAUAACAGUAAUUGAAGCAACAAACUGUUUUUUUGUGAAAAUCUGAGUCAAACUAUAAACUGAUUGGUUCUUGGGCCUCCGAAUGGUUGUCAUAUCUAUAAUCAAGUUCCAAGUUUCCAGCAUAUUCACUGUGAUCUUUUGAAAUUCUGACUUAGCCUCUCCUGUUGGUUUUUCUUAUGUGACUCUGUACCUUCAUGUCCAACAUCAGAGGCAUGACAAUCCGCGUGUCUUUUCCGGUUUUCUUUUGUUUUUGGUGGAAUUAAAUUUCUUCCAGACAUGGAAAUGGUAUUCUUGAAACCUAAAAUGAUCCAGCUGAGAUAGUCCUUUGAUUUGUGUCCAGUAAUACUGUAAGACUGUAUUCCAAACACUGAACUGGUGUUUCGUGUUGCCUUUUGUUCCAAUGAAGCUGUGAAAAUGCUUCACUACUUAAAGAAAAAAACUGUGCUUACUGAUUUAAAAACCCUGUAGGAUGAUUGAUUGUUUGUACAUAAGCAAACAUUGGGUUUUGUUUCAUCGUUUUACUCACUGCACAACACAUAAGGUUAGCAUGCAACAAGACAGCUUAUUAUAUUUCAAUGGCUGUCGUUUUUUUUUUCACAAUCUGCUGUUUAGGGAAACGAUCAAAUGUAAGAAGCUAGUUUGACCCCUUGACACCUCAAUUUAUUUCCAGCAAUGACAAAAAAAUCACUAGGGUUUUUUCUAAGUGCUAACUUAGCCCUGAUCGUAACUCAGACCCCCCCCCCCAGUUCAAAAAAAAUUAAGAGUCGCACAUCAGCAAAUAUCAAAUCAUUUCUAAAAAUUUUGUGAACAUGGAAAGUUCUGGUCAUUGCUUGAAACAUUAAUGGGGUUUCUGGCCUUGUCAUGUUUAAAUGUAAGUACGGAUGGGUGAUAAAAAGUUAUAUUUACUCAGUUACUUUAUUGAAAUGUAGUUUAAAAAAAAGUAUUCCCAAGAGAUGUUUACCUGCACCUUACUUUUAACUUCUACUGGAGUAGAUUUAUAUGGAUAAAAAAGUAUUUCACUCAGCUACAAUGUCUGUUUACUUUGUAACAUAAAUAAUCAAAUCUGAGCAGUAUUAGUAUCAUCAUAACUGGUUAUUAUAAAAAAAGAUUUUGUCCAAUCCUCAUCAGCACUUUGGCAAAAAACGUCCAAACAUCGGGGGAGUGGAGGAGCUCUGAAAUGUCCACGAUGGACCACAAACUUGCUGAUUGGAGCAGGGAUGUUUGAUGAAAAAAAAGGAUUUAAAAAAAUAUGAAAAUUAAAGGCCAGAAAACAAUAUUGGCCAACGUGUGUUUGGAAAUAUUGGACACCAUAAAAAUCUGAUAUUGUGCAUCUCUUUUUCAUUGAUUUAACCAGGAGCUGAAAAAACACAUAAAAAGACUUUUGUGUUGGACAGAUUUUACUUUUACAAUAGCAGGUUAUGAAAGUUCAGACACACAAGGUGUAUAUUUGUAUAAACCCCUUUUGUAUUUGAGGCUAAAACUUUACGUAUAGUAAUUAUAUUUCCUAUUGGAUCAGACAGAAUAGAGAAAAGAGAGUCUUUUAUUCUGAAAAUCUGUGAGUCUUGGUAAUGCUUAAAAGAAUGUAACAGAAUGUUGUUGUUGCUUUUUUAUUUAGUCUGGAAAUACAGUAAUUUGCACAUUCAGUUUUAUUUUUUUUUCAGAAGUUUGAAACUGUAAAUUAGAUGCACUCAAAAUGUAACUGAAGUCGUUUUUCCAUCUGUUGUUUGUUUCAAUAUUACUUUGAUGUGACAUUACUCUUACUUGAGUAACAAUACCCGGGCCGCCUCUGAAUGUAACCGAACAGUUGUUAAAGGAAUGUACAAAAGUUGGCCCAAGGUCCUCCAUGAAGCACAUUUUGGUGUCUUUCAUUAGUUUCCUCUAUCUUAGACUGUCUUUGACAAAAUGAACCCUGUGCUGUUCUCCAAAAAGACUUGAAACUAGAGGUCAACUCUGGAAAAUCAUUGGAAAAAUGUUAACUCGAGCCAGAAUCAAAUGUAAACCUCUUGAAAAAUUCAAUAUUUUGAUUAGAUGCUGUUUACUACUUCAGCAGGCUCCAGCAAGAAACAUGCACUGCAAAAACAGGUCAAAAAAGUCACAGUUCUUAGAAUUUAUAUACAUAUAGGCAAGAAAAUCUGCCAAUGGGAAAAGAAAAUGGCCUUACCACCAAGGAUAAGACAAGCUUUCCUAAUAUAAGACUAUUUUCCAAUUAAAAAACUUCAUUAGGAUUGUUUUUUAUUAAAAAUUAGAACAUUUUAAGGGUAUUUUUACUUUCUCAAGAUGUAGUUUUUGCAGUGUGCAAGAGUCCAUAUCUCAUAUUUAAGACAAGAAGUUGUAUUUUAACCUUAAAUUUUAUUUGUUGAAGCCUAAACAUCAAAUGUUUAGUAUUGAACACAUUGACGAUAAAAGGUUUUCAUGUGAGGUUGAAGGGAUUGCAUUUGUUCAGUUGAUUUUUAAACUUUUCCACCUAUUUUUUUUUCAUCUCAUCUGCUCUAGUAACAACAACUUGCUGGAUGGAAAUGUGUAAAUACUUGCAAUCACAGGUAGAUAUCCCUCUUAAAAAAAUGUUUGGGUCAUUAAUCAUUAACUACACAUUGCCUCAAAGCUGAACCUCAGCCCCAUUCGGUUUGGCUAUUUAAACAGCGAGUGCAUUGUAUAAAGUCAUCACCACAAGUUAUAUAAAGCAGAAAGUUACUCCGAAUAAGUCACAAGUAGAUUGAAAAUCUGUAACUUUUUCUCUGCUCUGUGCGUCAGUCUGUUCAUUUGAUAAAACGUCCCGCUGUCACUCAAGUCUUUGAUACGACAGCAACAGGGCUGCAUUUGUUAAAGGAAAACUUUUAUUUUUCCCUCUUUUUUAAUGUGAAGCGUAAAUAUAUAAAAACUGUCGCAUUAAGUGGUGUUCAUAACACUGUAGCUGUAUUACUCUAUUGUCUCUGUAUUAGAUGACUGUUGAUGUGAAGCACAAAUUCUUGGAGAUCAGCCAUCACUUGAGAGCCGAUGAUUGGACAUCUGUGGUUGUGGGGGCGCCUUCUGAGGCUCUAGUUUUAACUGUUACACAUGAUGUGCCCACAGCUCCUGCACGACCAUAUCAAGAAGACCGGAGCCGGAGACCACUUUCAGGACAGACAUUUUUGAAAGCUUUACAAACACACAAACAAACAGAAGUGGCGUUUCACGAAAACACGGAAAACUGACGGACAGAUUUUGAUUUCAUUGCUUCUAGGUAGGAUGCAGACGCUGCAACGCGUGAGCAUCGCCGUUAAGGUCGGAGAGACUGCUGCCAGUUUGUCAUACACGAUGAUGCUGUUUGCUGUGAUGAUCUUGAAUGUGCCUCAUGCUGGGUUAAAGUGUGUAACGGCGACCCACAAAUGAUUGAAAACUGUUGAUGUUCUGCAAGUAGGCAGUACGGUCUCUGUCCCCACCCCCUGCCUUACUACCUGUGUAAACAACAGCAGAGUGUACCUGAGCUGGUAGAAACUAUAACUGAACUAUUUACGCUCAUUUAAUAAUCCUCCAUUGAUCGUUACCACAUAGCUAUGGCCAAAUGAAACUAAUAUUCUCUUGAAUGAAGUAUAUUCAGCCCACGGCUCCUUUUCCUCCUUGCAUGAUCAAAGUGUGUAUUCCUGUAUCUCUGGUAGCCACGCUUUUCACUUUGUAUUGUCCAAGGUGUAAUUCCGAGUCAGAUGAAUCAAGAAUUGUGUUCUCUGCAUCCUCCUGGAUUGAUGUGACACAAAAAAUAGCAGAAAACAUUUGGAAAGGAAAAGAGGGGGGGAAAAAAGGGUUCCUAAAAACUAUCAGCAGCUUCAAGUGAAAGUAGUUUUAUACAGGAAGGCGCUUCUGAGGGACCCAGGUCGAUUCAUCUGGCUCCAAAUGCUCAAUGUGCAUUUACAUGUAGAUAUGUGAUUUUAACUCUGAAAUGUACAUUUAGUAGUUAAUACAUUUAAAAACGAGUAGUGAGUAGUAAAUCGAGCUUUGCUGGACAUUUCAAGGUUGACCAACACACGGUAUCGAAUAAUGCGAGAAGUGAACAAAUGUGUUGUUUGAGAAUCUUGGAAGAACUGACUGAAUAAAACAUUAAGCAAACGGUAAAAGCAGGAGAUGAGUUUUACUAGACAUUAAAAUGAACCAGAGAUGUGAUCAGACAAAA